AUGUCAUCAUCUGGGUCUUGUCAGCAAUCUGCUUCCAUGGAUGUUUCACAAACUUUUCGAGGAAGAAAUGAUAUAGCAUGGGCAGAUGUUAAUGAGGGCGUGGAUGAAAAUGGGAAGAAGAUAUUAACUUGUCGUUACUGUGGCAAGAUAAUUAGAGGUGGAGGAAUUUAUCGAGUGAAAUUACAUCUAGCGGGUAUAAAGGGAGAAGUUGGAAAGUGCCCUAAGGUUCCUUUCGAUGUUAAAUUCAAGAUUGGAGAAGCACUAAAUGAAAUUGGGGCCAAGAAUAAACAAAAAGUUGAACUUCGUAAGAAUGUCAAUCCUUAUGGAGCUAGUGUACAACAAGAAGAGGGUGAUAUGUUAGAUGAAGAUCAAGAGUGUGAAGAGGUUUCUCCAUGUCCAACUCCAACUCCAACUUCAAUUUCAAGCUCUAAGAGAAAAAAAUCUAUUGGGAUAGGUGACUAUUUUGCUAUGAGGACUAAGGCUAGGUCUCAGCCCUCAAUUAGGAGUGUUUUAGCCAGAAAAGAAGCUAAGUGGAGAGCGGACAUGGCUGUUGCAAGGUUAUUUUAUGAUUCUUGCAUUCCAACUAAUGUUAUUAAUUCAAUUUAUUUUCAACCUAUGGCGGAUGCUAUAGCUGCAAUUGGUCCUGGGUAUAAAAUCCCAACUUAUCAUGAUUUGCAUGUAAAUUUAUUGAGAGAUGCAAGGAAAGAAGUGCAAUUACUUGUUGAUAGUUACAAGAAAACUUGGGAGGAUGUUGGAUGUACUUUAAUGGCUGAUGGUUGGAUAGAUAAUUCACAUAGGUCGUUGAUUAAUUUCCUAGUAUACUGUCCUAAAGGAGUGUGUUUUGUGAAAUCAGUGAAUGCUUCAGAUGUUGUAAAGGAUGCUAUAACAUUGUGUAGCUUGUUUGAGGAAAUAGCUUUAUGGGUUGGACCAAACAAUAUUGUCCAUCUUGUCACUGACAAUGGAGCAAAUUAUAAAGCGGCUGGAAAGUUGUUGACUGACAAAUAUAGCAGUAUUACUUGGUCUCCUUGUGCAGCACAUUGCAUUAAUUUGACGUUGAGAGACAUAGCUGAGAUGAGUCAUAUAGUCAACCUUUUGACACAUGCAUCUGAGGGUUGGACAGAAAUUAUACGCCCAGGUGCAACCCGUUUUGCCACUACUUUCAUUGAAUUAAGAAGACUACAUCAGCACAAACAUGACUUGCAAUCUACAGUGACAGAUAGAACUUUUGUGGAGUCUCGAUAUGCAAAAACUAAUAAAGGCAAAGCCUUUAUUUCCAUAGUUCUAGAUAACCGGUUCUGGGAUGACAUCGGUAUAAUUUCCAAAGUUGUGAGUCCAUUGAUGCAUAUGCUCCGGAUUGUAGACUUAGAUAAGAGGCCUUCAAUAGGAUAUGUGUAUGAUGGCAUGUACAGAACGAGGAUGGGGAUCAAGAAGUUGUUUAAGAACAAGAAAAAUUUGUACAAGCCUUAUACAACAAUUAUUAAGAUGCGUUGGGAUAGGAUGUUGUGCCGUAAUAUUCAUGCAGCAGCAUAUUAUUUGAAUCCUGCUUUCAAAUAUGACGAAGAUACUUUUUCCAAAAAACCUGAGGUCAUGUGCAUUCAAAAUGAGCAAGACAAAGUUACUAGAGGAGAGUAG